AACAAUUAUUAUGGAAAAAAUUUGGUAAAUAAUUUUGCGUCAUUUAUGUAAGUACCACAAACUCUGCAUAUAUGGUCACACUGCACCUGCCCAUCAUCUUUCUCUCUCUAACGAAUUCAUUAAUUUAUUAUCUUCUUCUUCUUCUUCAACCUCCCAAAAUUCUCUCUCUCUCUAUACUCUGCAACAAUGGAUAGUCCGACGAGCAUACGUAGUAAACCACCACCGGAGAUUCUUUCUCCAUGUGGUAGUCAACGACGGAGAAGCAGCUGCGACUCUAACCCACCUGAGUUCGAGUUCUGGCGUCUCACUAACACUUCAUUUCCUCAAGCUGACUCAGAUCUCCUCUCCGCCGACGAGCUUUUUCACGACGGUGUUCUUCUUCCUCUUCACCUCCUCUCCGUGAAGUCAGAGCUUCCAUCCGACCCGAAUAUCGUAGAAUGCGACCCGGAUGCAUCUCCUUCACCGGUUACUUUGAUUACAGAGCAAAAGAAUGAUCUUGAACCCGGUUUAGGAUCCGAGUUGACCCGAGAAACAACGGUUUCGAAGCGGUGGAGAGAUAUUUUCAGAAAGAGCGAAACCAAACCGCCGGGGAAGAAAGAGAAGGUGAAAGAGAAUAAGAAGGAGAAGAAGAAAACCGGGUCGGGUUCGGGUUCGGGUUCGGGUUCAGGAGCGGAGCUGAAUAUCAACAUUUGGCCGUUUUCAAGAAGUAGAUCCGCAGGGAACAACGUGACCCGACCCAGGAUGUCGUUUGGAGCUCCGACGACCCGGAAAGUUAGCAGUGCGCCGUGUUCACGUAGCAACUCCACCGGAGAAUCCAAAUCGAGGAAGUGGCCAAGUAGUCCCGGUCGAAACGGCGUCCAUCUUGGUCGGAGCAGUCCGGUUUGGCAAGUCCGGCGAGGAGGUGGAGCUCCGGUUGGGAAAACGAUACCCGAACCGAUGGGUCGGGUUGUGGGUAAAAGGGAGAUUCCCGAGACGCGUAAGGGUAAAACGGUAAUUGAGAGCAAUAAAGCAAAAGUCUUGAACUUGAACGUGCCUAUGUGCAUCGGUUAUCGGAGCCGGUUAAGCUGCAGAACCGAAGAGAGUGGUGGUGGUAAUAGUAACAUUGGGAGUGACAAUAAUAAUAAUAAUGCCAACGCUAAUAAUCCUAAUCCUAAUGGUUUAUUUGGCUUUCGUAAUCUCUUCAUUAAGAAAGUUUAUUGACUUUAUUUGUUUUGUUUUAUAGUAAUCUUGUAAAAGUGUUCAUUUUAUCAAAAGACCCUCUUAAUAUAUAGUCUCGAGGGUCCAUUUUUAUUGUUCUUAAUUUCGGUUUUUUUAUAAUUGCUGCUUUUGCUGUUAGUACGAUGUGUGGAUUUAGGUAGAUUAUCGUAUUUGCUUAUAUAAUUAUAUCAUGUAAUUAAAACUCGAUGCUUAUUAAUAUGUAACUACUUUUUCUCCAUUUUC